UUUUGAAGGCAUCUUUGCUCUACAGGAAUUUACUUGCAACCUUUUAGGAAUUACAAUUUCAUCCAAUCAAUGAGGAGAGGACGCAAUGACGUAUGCGGAAGUAAUUCUUUUUUUUUUUUUGUCAGCUUAGCCAGGAAGACCUGAAAUGCAGCAAGGGUUAUUUUUAAAAUAUUGUUAAUUAAACUAACAAAAUGUUUUCUUUUUUUAAAGAAACUCUACGACUUUUAUAAGUUUACAAUCUUGAAGCGAUUUGUUGAAUGCAGUCUUUUUGGUAGCAUCCGUGCUGAGGAUGGAGCUAUCAUCUGAUGUGGCUGUAGUUGAGAACAUUGGGAAAUUGCCAUCAGAAGUGUUUGAAGAUACAUGUCAUGAGAUUCUGCUUCAUCUUGAAGGAAAGCGUAGUGCAGUAGAUUUAGUGGAAAACUACCAGAAAUUUCAAACAACUGGGAUAAACCUUGACUGGAAAGCUAUUCAGGACAUUAUCAGGCUGUUGUCAUUUAAUUUUAGAUCAGCUGCAAAGACGAAACUCACUGCUGAUGGUCUGGUCACUAAAUUAGGAGAUUGUAGUUCUAAAUGGACCAAAUCAGCUUUACAAGUCAUGCACCAGCUUUGGACUGAACAUGGCUCUCUUGUACAAGCACAACAGGAGGCACAGGCUGUGGCCAGCAUUGGGCAGCUGGUAGAUAUCCAGUGGAAGCUGGGAAUGGCUGUGAGCUCUGACACAUGUCGCUCGCUCAACUCUCCCUACAUCUGCAUCCUGAUGAAAAUUGCAGACACAUCUGGAGGGAUUUCCUACAAGUCCUUUGAGAUGACAGUACUUCAGUUCCAGAACUUCUACAGACAGUUCAAAGAAAUUGCUUCUGUUUUGGAAACUGUGUAAGAGUUCAGCUCCAAAUGUUCACCGUUUCUAUUCUGGUCUGUAGCCUUUCAGUAUUUACUAACUGUUUACAUUUAAACUCUUUUGGUAUGUACCGUAUGUGUGGUAUUUGACUUACCCAUAGAGGGAUAUUUAACUAUGCUGUAUUUGCCCUGAAGUUUAUUUCAUUUUGAAUGUGCUUUCCAAAAUAACUUGUUAUAAACCACUGAAUAAAAUUUGAAUAAAGA